AGAGGGAGCUAUUAGACUAUACUCGUGCAGGAAGGACGGCCCUUCUGAAUGACUAUCCUCACUCCAACAGGCGAUCCCACUUCCUGUUAACCCCCUCUCUUCCUCCUCCCUCUUCCCUCUCUAUAAAAACCCCACCUCUCCUUUCUUCUCCACAUCUUCCUUCUCUUUCCGAACCCUCAAGUCGGCCUGAAGGGAAAUCUGACAAGAUGCGUGAGUGUAUCUCUAUGCAUGUUGGCCAAGCUGGGGCCCAAAUGGGAAAUGCAUGCUGGGAGCUUUACUGUCUGGAGCACGGUAUCCAGCCGGAUGGACAGAUGCCCAGUGACAAGACAAUAGGAGGAGGAGAUGAUUCCUUCAACACCUUCUUCAGUGAGACUGGAGCAGGGAAACAUGUUCCACGUGCCAUCUUUGUUGAUCUAGAACCCACUGUGAUUGACGAGGUGCGCACAGGCACAUAUCGCCAGCUGUUCCAUCCUGAGCAACUAAUUACUGGCAAAGAAGAUGCUGCCAAUAACUAUGCCCGUGGUCAUUACACCAUUGGUAAAGAGAUUAUUGACCUAGUGCUGGACAGGACUCGCAAACUGGCUGAUCAGUGCACUGGCCUUCAAGGGUUUCUCAUCUUCCACAGCUUUGGUGGAGGCACUGGCUCUGGCUUCACCUCUCUGCUGAUGGAGCGUCUCUCUGUCGACUACGGCAAGAAGUCCAAGCUGGAGUUUGCCAUCUAUCCUGCUCCUCAAGUGUCCACAGCGGUGGUGGAGCCCUACAACUCCAUCCUGACCACCCACACCACCCUGGAGCACUCUGACUGUGCCUUCAUGGUGGACAAUGAAGCCAUCUAUGACAUCUGCCGUAAAAACCUGGACAUCGAGCGUCCGACCUAUACCAACCUCAACAGGCUCAUCGGGCAGAUCGUGUCCUCCAUCACAGCCUCGCUGAGAUUUGACGGAGCUCUGAAUGUGGAUCUCACCGAGUUCCAAACCAACUUGGUGCCCUACCCACGCAUUCAUUUCCCUCUGGCUACAUACGCUCCUGUGAUCUCUGCUGAAAAGGCGUAUCAUGAGCAGCUCUCUGUGGCUGACAUCACCAACGCCUGCUUUGAGCCGUCUAAUCAGAUGGUGAAGUGUGAUCCUCGUCAUGGGAAAUACAUGGCCUGCUGUCUUCUGUAUCGUGGAGACGUGGUGCCCAAAGACGUCAACUCUGCCAUCGCUGCCAUUAAGACCAAGCGCACCAUUCAGUUUGUUGACUGGUGUCCCACUGGAUUCAAAGUAGGUAUCAACUAUCAGCCUCCAACUGUGGUUCCCGGUGGAGAUCUGGCAAAAGUACAGAGAGCCGUGUGCAUGCUGAGCAACACUACAGCUAUUGCUGAGGCCUGGGCUCGUCUAGAUCACAAGUUUGACCUGAUGUAUGCCAAGAGAGCCUUUGUGCACUGGUAUGUGGGUGAAGGAAUGGAGGAAGGAGAGUUCUCAGAGGCCAGAGAAGAUAUGGCAGCUCUGGAGAAGGAUUAUGAAGAAGUCGGCACUGACAGCAUCGGAGAGGAAGAUGAAGAGGGAGAAGAAUAUUAAAGAAGCAGAAUUACAGCCUGGAAAAAUAAAAUCUGACCAUUAAGACCAUUUUUGUAAAUUCAGUUCACAAUUGAAUUGGUUUUAUAUUAAUAAAAUUUGAAUAAGAAAAGAAAGAA